AUGCUAGAGAGCCGUAUCGCGAAAAGGGAAGAGGCAGAGGCAAGACGUGCAAACGAAGACUGGGCGCGGGACUCAAUUCAACCAAGCGUGAACUUUGUAGACCUAGAAGGGGACACCUUCAACGAAGACUCGUUUACAACCCUGAUGGCACUGGCUAGCGCAACGAAAGGUAGACUCCCAAGGUCAGGGGCAGAAGCGUUGAAGGAACCAGAGAUCUGGGGGGAACCUAUGAAGGAAGAGAUGAAUCAGAUGAAACAAAAGGGCAUAUGGAGACUCGUUGACUUACCAGAGGGGGAAAGAGCAUUGGACGGGAUGUGGGUCUUUGAUGUGAAAGUGGAUGGAGAAGGAAACAUCGUAAAGAGAAAAGCCAGGUGGGUUGUGAGGGGGGAUCAAAUGGUAGAAGGGCGCGACUUUGGAACAAAGUGGGCGAUGGUGGCUCGGAUGGAAUCCGUACGCAUGGUGUUUGCAGUUGCGUGUGUGAGAAGGAUGCCCGUACGGCAAUGGGACUUCUCGGGAGCCUACCUGAAUGGCACGAUGGACCGGGCCAUUUACAUGAAACAGCCGCGUGGAUUCGAAGAGAAGGGGAGGGAAGACAAGGUCUGUCUUCUCUUACGACCACUCUAUGGGCUGGUCCAAGCCGGGCACAUUUGGUACAAGACAUUGAGUGCUGAGUAUCAAGAUCUGGGAUAUCACAAAAACGCCACCGACCUGUGCGUUCGGACAAGGAAACAAGGCGGAGAACACACAAUCACAAGCACCCACAUGGACGACAUCAUCGGUGCUUCCGCCAGCGAGGAAGAAAGUGUGCGCGUGGUAGAGGAGUUUGCGGAAAAAUGGGAUCUGAAGCAGGUCAAUCUAAAUUUACUGCUAGGACUGACCGUGGAGAAGUUUCCCAAUGGCGAUAUAGCGUUAUCGCAGCGCCAGUACUUCGAAAAAGUAUUGGACCACUUCGGCUAUGCGAAUCUACCUCCGCUGUCAACUCCGCUUCCACCUGGAUACCAGAUCCGUGCAUCUCCAUCUCCGCUUCCGACCGAGGACACCGCGUUCAUGCAAAAUAAACCGUUUUGGCAGAUCCUAGGCUGCAUUGUCUGGGGGAGCAGUGGCACACGACCCGACCUUGUAUACGCGUGCUGCGUGCUUGGCCACGUCCAAUCUAACCCUGGACCAGAGCACUGGACAAUAUUGAUCGGUGUCUUACGAUACAUCAAAGGUACCAUUGACUACGGGAUCAGAUAUCGUGUCGGAGACAGCUUGAAGCCGAUCGGAUUCGUGGAUUCCGACUGGGCGGGGUGUGUUGACACACGGAGAUCUACCGCCGGCUACAUCUUUUUCAUGGGCGGGGCCCUGGUAGCAUGGUUGGCAAAACGACAAGCGGUGGUCGCGCUAUCCUCAACGGAAGCGGAAUACAUCUCUCUGGCACGUGCAUCUCAGCAAGCAAUGUGGAUGAAACACUGGCUGUCAGAAGUGUUCCUGCCGCAGGAAACACCAUUGGAGCUUUGA